AUGAUAUGGAGCAUCAUUAAGAAAGAAUAUUAAAGAAAUUUAAAUUUCUUUGCAGUAAAGAAAUUGUAAUAUCUUUCACUGGAGCAGUAUAACUAUUAAUAAUUAUUUUUUUUAGCAUUCCCUAAAUAGAUUAACUAUUGGUAUUUGGAGAUGCUCCUAAACUGGAUUACAAAUAGUUAGUGAAGCUUUGAAGGUGAAGUCAUAGACUAUAUUAACUAAAUAGUACUCAUGCUGGAUUGUUUGCUAAAUAAGGUAUGUUGAGAAUAAAGAAAUUAAAAGAUGAUGUAGAGGUUGAUUUUAAAGAAGUAAAAAAAUAUAAAAUAUAAUUUAAUAGCAAAAAAAAAGUAGAAAAUCCUAAUAAAUAAAUUAAAGAAGCAAAGAAAAUUUAAUCUUAAAAAGCUUAAGGAAAUAACAAUGA